AUGUGGACCAAAUGUGCCAAGGAAGUUGAUAAUGUACAGCAGAUCAUGAGGAUGCUGAAAUCUUACUUUGGACGCACGGAAUGGGUGGUGGCGAAUAUAUUGGAAACACUGAGAAACCUGGAGAGCAUCAAGGAGGGAAACAUCGAGUCCUUUCGUGUUUUCUACAACGCGGUGAUUGGAACCAAGGUUGCGAUGCAGAAUGUCAAGGCGGAUAAUUACUUGAUGAAUCCGGAACUCAUCUCACACCUGACUGAAAAACUGCCUGCAUUCAGCAAGCAGAUGUGGGUUCGACACAAGGCCGCUUUGAUGAAGGAAGAUGUCGUAAUCGACUUCAACAUUUUCUCUCGCUGGUUGGAGGAUGAGAUGGACAAUCAACUCGCAAGUCUAAAUCCUGUCUUCAGUGCCAAGAAAUCAAACUUCUCACUGAAGCCGAAGCAGAUUGUUCUCAACGUCAACAGUCGUGAGGCCGAAGAGACAGCGAAGUGUCCGCUAUGCUCGUCAAGAUCGCAUGAUAGUUUGGAGAAGUGCGAGCAAUUCCGCAAGUUAUCUGUUGCUCAACGUCGGUCUGCUGCUAAUUCUUGCAAGGUCUGCUACACCUGUCUGAGCGCGGAUCACACAAGAAGAAACUGUAAAUCCAAGAAGAAGUGUUCGAUGUGUGAGAAGAAUCAUCACGAACUGGUCCAUAAUGAUGAACUUCCAAUGACCACCGCGUCUCGCCGACCGGAUACUCAAGACAGUCAGAUGAACGUAUGUAACGUGAACGGUAAAAACGUCAACACACUGCUCCGAGUGGGAAAAGUGAAGAUUCGUGGUCCGAAUGCCGUCGAGGAAGUGUUUGCCCUUUUUGAUGAAGGUUCUUCUCUCUCGAUGAUGGAUGCUGCUGUAGCGACGAGGAUUGGAAUGCAAGGGCCGAUCUCUUCCGUGAAUUAUAGAUGGACUAACGGCAUUUCGCACAAGGAGGAACAUUCGAUGAUGUUAUCUUUCCAAAUCUCUGGACCGUCGGAACAAGCGAAAUGGUUCGUGGCAAACAAUAUUCGCACGGUGCAGAACAUCGACUUGCCACGGGUUAAAUUUGACGUUGACAGAGUAAAGCUGUUGUACUCGAUGUUGGAUGAGGAUAAACUGGCUGCAAUACAAGAUGCUCGUCCCUGUAUGCUGAUUGGUUCGAACAACGCUGGUCUGAUUGUACCCCUGAAGACGGUGCAAUACUCACUGAACGGUUUGCAGUUGACUCGGUGCCAUCUGGGUUGGACGAUUCACGGAGUAAUUGAACCGAACGCUGCUGGAUCAAACGAUCAUCAUGCUUUCCUGAUGUGUUCUGAAGACGAUGACACCGAGCUAACGGAUCUGGUGAAACAGAUGUACAAGGUGGAAGACUGCAAGCCACAUGCACUGCGUCGACUUCAAAUCACCGAGAAGAAGAUGGAUUCCGAUCCUGAUUUCGCUGAGAAAUACUGUAGUAAGAUCCAGGACUACGUGGAGAAGGGAUAUGCUCGAAAACUGGAGCCUGAAGAACUUGCUGAAACACCGAACACCUGGUAUUUACCUCACUUCAGCGUGGUAACUGCCGAUAAGUUCCGAUUGGUUAUGGACGCCAAGGCCAAAUCUCACGGAUUUUCGUUGAACGAUCUGCUACUGAAAGGUCCUGAUUUCGUUCCCGCAUUGAUUGUGAUCCUGAUGCGCGCUAGGAAGAAGAAGAUUGCUUUUGUGGCGGACAUUAUAGAGAUGGUCCAUCAAGUCAUCAUUCGUAGAUUGGAUCAGGACUCCCAGCGUUUCUUUUUCCGUGGUAUGGAUCGCUCUAGCCCCUCCAGCGUAUACAUUAUGAUGGUGAUGAUAUUUGGCGCUGUGUCUUCUCCUUCGAUGGCACAAUUCAUCAAAAACUUCAAUGCAAUGGAACUGGAAGAAAAGUACCCUGGCGUUGAACGAGCUGUGCUGGAACAACACUACGUCGAUGACUAUUUUGAUUGCGCGGACACGGAGGAAGAAGCCAUUGAACUGGUGCAGCGAGUGGUGAAGGCACAUGAUCACGGAGGAUUCAAACUGGUGAAAUUUGCAUCGAACUCUGAAACUCUUCUGGAUUCGCUUGACCCUUCUUUAGUAGCCGAGAAGAAAGGAAGUGACACUCGUGUACUCGGUAUCAGGUGGGAUCUUCUUUCAGAUGAAUUUGUGUUUCCGUUGGAUUUUCCAAAACUGGAUGAGAACUUCCGUACUGGUGGCACGGUGCCUACCAAACGGCAGCUGCUGAAGUUUAUGAUGAGCAUCUUCGAUCCAUUGUGUUUGCUCAGUCCGAUUACGAUACACCUGAAGCUUAUGUUCCAAGAACUGUGGCGGUUGCAAUCCGGAUGGGACGACGAAAUUCCUGAUAGCCUGGUCCCGAAAUGGAUGGAGUGGUUGAGCGAAACUGCUAAGCUGGAAGAAAUACGUGUUGCGAGGUGCUACUUCCCGGAGGUAUCGUCCUUUGCCGAUGCUGAGCUGCAUGCUUUCUGUGACGCAAGCGAUAAGGCUUUUGCAUGUGUGAUUUACAUGGUUCAUCGUCGAAACGGCAAGUCACAUGUUGCAUUGGUGUAUGCCAAGGCAAGAGUUGCUCCACUGAAAUCAUCGACGGUACCACGACUUGAGCUUCAAGGGUGUGUUCUUGCAAGUCAAAUGAUGAAGGUAGUUUAA